AUGGAGGAAUCACGUGUCAAGAGGAAAAAGUUGUUCGUGAAUGAAGGUCUGCAUCCAAAGGAUACCUUUUUGGUUUUUGUUGAUGUAAGUUGCUUUGAUGGAGGCUUUUUGGUUCUGGGGUGCGUCAUAAAGGAUAUGUAUAAUAGAGUGGUGAUCUCGACAAGCAAGGAAAUCGAUAGCAGUGCUAGUCCAUUGGUGGAUGGAGCUUUGGCUUUGAGGUGGAGCAUCCAAUCGGCCAUAAAUUUAAGCUUGCCUAAGGUGGCUGUCCAUUUUGACGCUCUAGCUAUUGUGGAUUGUGUGAAUGGAGUUAGAAAGAUUACUGAUGUCGUGCCGUUUGUUAUGGAUUGUCAAAAUUAA